UAAUUUACUUCCUUCUCAUCACUAGCAAAUCAAGAGUGUUCCACCAAUCAAUUAGACCAAAGAUAUCUGAGUCUCACCUCGAAUUGUUGCAAUGGCAGAAGCAGUGGUGUCGAUGGCUCUAGAAACCUUGCGCGAUUUGUUGUUGGAAGAAGCAAGGUUUCUAUCUGGUGUGGGCGAUGAAGUGAGGGAGCUCGAGAUCCAGCUGAAACAGAUGAAGUGUCUCCUCGAAGAUGCUGACAGAAGACGACACGAAAGCAAAACCAUUUUCAAUUUGAUCUCGGAGAUCAGAGAUCUUGUCUAUGGAGCCGAAGCUGCCAUUGAAAGACACGCAGCUUAUCAAGUGUGUUCAAGGAGAAGACGAGGCCUCAGACAGCUCGUCCGCAGAUGUAGUUGUAGUUUGGAAGAAUACAAGUCGAUCCACCAACUAGGCUCCGAGAUUUCACCGAUCAAAUCCCGUCUUGAAAGGAUAAACAAGGAAAUGCAAGAAAAUGGCAUAAAGAAGAGCAUCAUCAACACUACAAAUGGAGGGGAAAGCUCGGCUGCCGGCGAAAACAAAAAUUGGUCGAGGAAAACCUUUCCCGAUUUUGAGAUCGGAGAGUGUUUCGUGGGGAUGGAGGAAGAGCUGAAGCAGCUUGAAUAUCUGCUAGUCGAGGACAAAGAGCAUCGAGUUAUUUCAGUAUGGGGCAUGGGAGGUUCAGGCAAGACCACCAUUGCUAGAAAGGUAUACAACCACAUCAAACACACUAAAAGCAGUUGCUUUGAGUCUUUCGCGUGGGUUUGUAUAUCUCAGCAAUGUCAGGUAAAAUCAGUUUUGGAGGAUAUUCUCAGCCAGCUAAGACUAGAAAAGGUUAAUGAGAAUAAUGCGAGUGACACGGCGUUGAUGGGGCAACUGUGUGAGAUACAAAGAGAGAAGCGAUGCCUGAUUGUUGUGGACGAUCUUUGGGAGGCUUCACAUUGGGAUGGUUUCAAGCAUGCCUUUCUUGUCCAGGAUUUGCAGAGCAAGAUAUUGAUCACCACGCGUGAACGAAAGGUUGCAGAGAUUGGAUUCCCAUUAGAACUUGGGCUUCUAAAGGUGGAACAUGCUUUGGAACUACUCGAGAAGAAAGCAUUUCCCCAAACAAACAUUCCAGAGUUUGUAUUGGAAGAGAAUUUUGAGAAAAUUGGAAAAGAAAUGGUGAAGAAAUGUGGGUAUUUGCCGUUGGCAAUUUCUUUACUCGGUGGGGUCUUGAGAAUGAAAAAUUUGAUGGAGUGGGAGUUAGUAAAUAGGGAUAUAAAAAAAUACAUAUAUAGAGAUGAAAAUGAGAUUGAUGGAGUGCUAAAUUUAAGCUAUGAAAGUCUACCAUAUUAUUUGAAGCCUUGCUUUCUCUAUAUGGGUUUAUUUCAAGAGGACGAAGAUAUAGAUGUUGAGGAUCUAUAUACUAGAUGGAUAGCACAAGGCAUGAUUUCACAUGAGAAUAUCCGAGACAAUGAGGAAACUUUAAUGGAAAUCGCGGAAAUCUACUUGGGUGAGUUGGCCUCUAGGUCCAUCGUCCAAGUUGAAAUUGACGAUGGUGUCACACCAGGGGAAAAAUAUAGGAGCUGCAAACUUCAUGAUGUAGUAAGACAACUAUGUUUGAAAUUGGGGAAAAGAGAGGAUUUUGGUGUGCUAAGUUUGGAGUAUCAAACCGGAAAACUUAGUACCUUACUACAGCAAGCUUCCUCGCAUAUGAAAGUACUACAUUUGGCUAUCCAUUUCAGAACAGAAGUCGGACUGGAACCUGACAAGCUUGGAGAAGAUAGUAGCAAAUAUUUAAGGUCUCUUCAAAUGGUCAAUCACAGAAAUGCUGUUGAGUUUUCCUUACAAAGUAUCGUUGAUUUUCAGAAAUUCAAAUUGCUGAGGGAUCUAGUUAUGGUUGGAUUCAAAUUCCAAGGAAGAAAGUUACCGAAAGGAAUCACUAAUCUUGUUCACCUUAGACGUUUGCGUUUAGAAAAAUGUGAAUUUGAUAAGCUACCGCUGUCCAUAAGGAAUUUGAUAUACAUGGAUACCCUUGAUUUAACUAGUUCGUAUAAUGUUGAAGUUCCAAAUGUUUUCAAGGAGAUGCUAUGUUUAAAACACUUGGCUCUUCCCAGUUAUGAUGAGGAAAAAAUUGGAAGUUAUCGAUUAACAUUGGACGAGGGGGUGGAUGUGUUGGAGAGUCUUAUCGGGUUGGAUAGUAGAGUGCAUGAGUUAAAAUGUAUAGGUAGAAUGAAGAAUCUCCGACGCUUUGAUGCAAGCAUACACGACAAUGAAAGCUUGUUAACGAUCAUGAAUGCCAUUGCUACCGACUGGAACAAGUUAGUGUGUUGUAUGGUUUAUAUCAAAGAGGGUUGCGAGUUAGGAACAAAUGAGGGAGUGUUGAACAAGGCAUUCACAUGUCCCAAUCUUCAUUCCUUGUGGAUUAGUGUUAAGAUAGGAAAGGCGCUGACAGAGUGCGGGCAUGACUUCAUGAGCUCUAAACUUACGAAGUUGCUCCUAUUAGAAUGUGAGAUUGAGGAUGAUCCAAUGGGCAUAUUGGGAAAGCUUCCUUGCUUGACUGCUUUGACUUUAGGGAGGAAAUCAUUUGUCGGGGAGGAGAUGACGUGUCCAUCAAACAGUUUUCCUCGCCUCAAGAAUCUUAUUAUAUCAAAGUUACCGAAGUUGAGGGAGUGGAGAGUGGAGGCAGGAGCCAUGCCCCUUCUCUCUACACUACACAUCUAUUAUAGUUCUAGUCUUGAGAUGGUUCCAGAUGGAUUGAGUGGCAUUUCUACUCUUCGGGAACUGAUGAUAUUUGGAAUGCCGGAAUUGGGGAAGAGGGUAUCGGCAUCAGGAGAGGAUUUUCACAAAGUCAGCCAUGUCCCUUCAAUUUUCAUCUAUUAGUAGUCUCCAAUUGGGUAAGGUGUCUCAUUUCUUGCUUGAAUGACAGACAAGGGCUAUAGCUAGAGUAACGAAAAAGCUUUCCAUGCCUCAGUUCUUGUUGUGUUUCUUGCUCUUAGGUUAUAUAUACUUCAUAUUGCCCCCUUUGAUUCUUGCUUUCAUCAACUUAUGCUCUCUGCAUUGUUGUUUGGAAAUCGGCAUGAUGGGCAUCCCCCCAAUAGCCAAGAUUUGUUGUGGUUCAUUGCAUGGUACUUCUUAGAUAUGAAAUUACGAGAAUUUGAAUGGGAUUCUCUGUCCCAUAAUUUAUUA